AUGAUGAGAAUAAUAUUCACUAACGAUCAUAUCGAGCAUGUCCUCGAUGAACAAAUACAAAGGUCAACCGACUUGUCUCUAGAGUUUACUCGUGGCGAGUUGAUGCGGCUGAACCUAGUAUUAAAGCAGCUGGCAAAUAACAGUCAAAGUAUAUAUAAAGUACCCACGGAUCUCAUGCUGCUAUCCAGCUCUCUGACGAUUGACAAGCUACCAAGGAAUCCUAUCGCAGAUAGUGCUGACAUCUCCGAGUCAAAACUUUGGGACACGUAUUUUGACUCUUUCUUGCCCGCCAAUUUCUCUGACAAUGAAAGAAGCACACUUUUACGAUGGUUAAAUAAACAUGCCAAAGUCAAUCUUAUCCAACUUGAAACAUCAAUAACGCUGAUUGACCAACUGAAUUUUGGUGCCAAUCCCGGAUUUGGUGAAGUGAAAAAUUCCAAGCCAAAAUGCGAUAAAGCAACCCUAUGUGGGGAUUUCUUGCGUCUGGCCCAUUUGACAAAAGGAUCCAUAGACAAUCCCCAUUUGGAGGCCUCAAUUAGCUUUCGUAUUCAUGGCUUUUCUAUCACUUUCUAUAUGACUCGAUUGGACUAUCCCAUCAUAUACACAAUGACUGAGCUUGGCAAGACAAAGUUUCCACAAUCAUUGAAUGAUAUAUCUACCUUUUGGUGCCUUCAAAUCAUGCGACUUACUAGUUCAGAUAACCAGUGCUUUCUGAGCUCACUGCAAGCUGAGCCUUUCUCCCUCGCUUGUUAA